AUGCAAGGCUCGAAAACAGAAAAGGGUAAUGUUCCUGUGUUGAUUAACGAGAACCUGUCACCGGAAUUACUGGUUGUUUUAUUGGAAAUAUUUCAUAAGUUUGACGCGGAUGGGGAUGAUUGUUUGAGUCCAGAGGAACUGGAUUUAUUUGUGUAUUCAACCAAUGGCCAACAUCCACCGCCAUCAUUUAUAGAGCAAAUGGGACAGAGGUUUGGUGCUAAUGAACAAGGCUGGCUGACAAAGAAAGGAUACCUGGCAUUUUAUCUGGAACAAACGUUGGGUGAUCCAUCCGAGACGCGUAAAGAUAUUCGAGCUCAUGGGUAUGAUGGUAGUCUAUUACGAAAGAAGCUUUAA